GCAUCAUAUACUAAAAAUUAUAUUAUACAUAAAAAGAAUCGAUUAAUAUAUUUUAUGAUUGAUAGUCCACCCAAGUAAUCUAGUAUAACAAUACUGAAUUCAAGGUCGAUAAAUGAUAAUAAUAAACAUAAAAGUUAUAAAAAAUCAAGUACUAAAAUGCCAAAAUUAAUGUGACUCUGAAAAACUGUAGAACAAUACACUGUGUAGUUAAAAUAUUUUAAACUAAAGAUGGCAAAAAUGUUCAAGUUUUUAAUAAUAAAUUUGAUCGUUUCUUUAAAUUUAGCAAAUUCAGAGGAAUAUAAACCUUUGUUUUUACCACAUUUUUUACCAGUUGGUGAAUACCGAACAAAGUACUUAGGAUUAACGCGUUGUAGUUCUAUCCAAUCACUUGAUAAAAUUAUCUUUAAUUUGUACCUAAGCAAAACAUCUAUAAAUACCACGGAAGUCAAAGGAAAUAUAACAAAUUGCAUUGCUAUUGAUGAUUCUCUUAAUUUAGAAGUUAAUAUGGCAGGAAAGGAUUCCAUUGGUGGUUGGAAAGAUAAUGCAAUGGUAUUUCAGAAACUCAAGGCUUGCUCAUCACUCAAACAAUUGUUGGGUGCAGUUUGGACUCAAAUAAUGGACAGCGUAGGAAUCUACAAUGCAACUUGUCCUAUACCCAUGGGUUUUUAUAAAUUAUCUGGACUAGAUACUGCUGUUUUCGCUUCAGCCAAUUUUUCAAAGAAAUAUUUUUACGGAUCAUACAAAUUUCGUUUUUCUUUUACAAAAAACAAUGAAGUCUAUGGAUGUUUUGUUAUAGUUGUGGAGUUAAGAAGACCAUGGGAAACUGAUUAAACAUUAAAUUAUAAUUAAUUAUUAAAUGAUAAUAGCAUAUUCAUAUUUUAAUAUUAUCCAUAUUUACUACACUCAUGAGUGACCAUAUAAUAAUUUAUUAAAUUAUUAUUAUUACUUGAUAUCAAUAA